AUGCAAAGCCUGAAAUUCCCCACAUAAGCUCAACCUCAAUCUAAUUUUGACUAUAAAAAUUAUCCAAAAACAGAAAGACAAUUGUUCUAGGGUUAAAACGUUACCACUCUUUCCAACAUCAAGAGUAUAUAUGAAGAUUAGUCACAGCAAUAACAUCAUAAUGACUCACUUAAAUUUUAAGGGAAGACAUAGAGGCAACCAAUGAUGGAUUUCACCACUGAGGAGCUUUGGAAGAUGAAAAUAACUAGUGGCUUUAAUAUGCAUAAGAAAUUUAGAUAAAGAGGCAAGCAGAUAAUUCAGGAGUACAUUAAAGAGAGAGAAGAAGAAAUUAUCAAACUCAGAGAGAAGCAGGUGAAAUCUGUGAUUGAAGACAAAGACAAUGAAAAGUCAGUACUCGACUAUCCUGUUCAGGAUUUGGAAAUUCCAAAGGAUCUGCAAUCCACAAGUGUAUAUUUGGAAAAGAUAAGAAACUAGGUGAGUUCCAAAUUGGAGCAAGAUUCUUAUAAUAAGCAAAGAAAUAUUCCGAAUUCACAUACCAGGUAGGGUUCAAUGGCCUUACCAAAUAUUUUAGACCGAGACAACCAAGUGAACAGUGUAUAUAAUUUGCAACCAAGAAAGAAGACAAAGCACUCAAGAAACAACUCUAAUAUUGAAAAUAAUGGUUAUUAACAGGCAAGUUUAGCUAGUAACAAGAAUAAGCUAUCAAUGAAUGAAAGUAAAUAUACUUUCAGAGAUCAGAGCUAAACGGAUAAUUAUUAGUCUAGUACAAUGAAAUUGAAUAAAGAUACAUAGAUCAUUAGCGAUUUGAAGAUGUUUGAUGAGUCUUAUGUAAGUCCUAAAGUCACAGAUACUAUCUAUUAAAAAUUCGUAAGGAAAGAUUAGAAGAAUAGAAAGCAUAGAAAUGAUGGGUAUAAGGUUGAUGAGUCACUUGAUGAGAAAAACUCUUUAAAUGGCGGUAGUCCAAGGCUUCGGUAAAGCAUUGAGUUAGGUCAGAAUGUUAAUGUAAAUACUAUAUCAAAAAAAGAGGAACUUAGGCGAAUUAAAGCACUUCAAUAAUCAAAUUAGUACCCUGAUUUUAGCAUAUAUUAAGAAGCAGAAGUCCAAGCAAUCAGAGAUAGGGAAGAAAAGGAAUACAUCAGAGAACUGUAAGUAAAAAUCUAUGAAAACAUCUAAAAAGAUUCUUAGAAUCCAAAUUCAUUCGAGAACAUGAUAGCUGAGGAUUUGAGUCUAGGCUUGAAAGUUGGGGGUAUAGCCAAACUAGUUGGUGGUCCCUUUGACAAACAAAAACUAAAUGUGAGCAAAAUAGAUAUGGGUCAGGCAUUUAGCUCUGAUAACAUGAAAAAGGAAAACUUUGCUGAUAAUGGUGAAGAGGACGAACUAGCUAGAGAGCAUUAUGCUCGCAUAAUGAGAUAGAAUGAUUACUUUAUUAAGUUUGCCUAGAAGCAUUAGCAAAAACUAGAGGGUACAAUUGAGAAGAUCUAUGCCAAAGACCCUGAGAGAUAGGAUAAAUAUGUUCCACCUGUUGAGUUUAAAACCAGCUUGCUUAAAUUCAUUAGAGAUCAUAAUCACUACAGAUAGGUAAAUCCUGAUUUAUUCGAGUACAAGAACAGCAUGAAUAAGGACUUUGUCAAGGAUCAGCUAAAUUUCCUUAAACCGAUAAAGGUUCAUCAAAAUAAAGACUAUGAAUAGAUCAUUGAAAAUCAGGAGGAUAUAAGGAGACUGAAGGUGGCUAACUAUGGGAGAUGGUAUAUUAAGCCAGACGAGUAUAAUAAGAAAAUAGUAAAACUAAACAAGAGAAUCGAGGUAUACAACCAAGGAAAGAGUAUCAGUCAGACUAGAUAGUGA